GCAGAAUGCACUGGAAGCAGCCUCUGAAAAAAGUCCCAUCUUAUGUGUCUGCUGCCUCUUCGACUAGUCCUAUCCGGCGUUCUGUAAGCUGCCCUCGAUCCAUUUCAGCUUUGGCUAUGCAACUGCAAGCUGAAAAACGCCCUUUCACAGCCAAACCAGUAAUGCAUCUCUCUCGGUCAUCACUCGCGAGCAGGUCACACUCUUUAAACAGAGGUUCAUCUGCUCUCAAAGUGUCUCACACUGCCAACCAAGGCUCUGUACAUUCAUCUGGGGGUGAAAUGCAGCAGGGAACCGUGGAACAGGACGAAUUAUUGACAAAGGAAACUUUAGCCAUUUUCAAUGACAUGAAGAUACGAUACCCAGGGAAAACAAACGAAGAAGCAGAUCUAAUCAUCGAAGAUAUAAUGGAUAACUGGAAAUACCAUAAAUCAAAAGUGGCAUCAUAUUGGUUAAUAAAAUUGGAUUCUGUAAAACAGCGAAAGGUUUUAGACAUUGUGAAAGUCAGUAUUCGCUCUGUCCUGAAGCAUAUCUGGAGAGUUUCAGAUGUGGAAUGUUUACAUUUAUACCGACUUUUUAACCGGGUGUUUAAUCGCCUGCUCUGGAGCCAUGGCCAAGGGCUGUGGAAUUGUUUCUGUAAUUCAGGGAGCUCUUGGGAGACAAUAUUCAGUAAAAGCACAGAAGCCGUGACUGCCGAUCAACUCCAGUGUUGCCAACGAAUAGUUGAACUUUGUAAACAGUGCCUGCUAGUGGUUUACAAAUACUCAUCUGAUGUUAGAGGGACCUUCUCUGGAAUGAAUUCUGAUUGGGACGACACAAGGUUUGCAUGAUGCUGAAUUUGACAUGUUGCGGUCUGUUGUUAAAAGCAAUUUAGGGAUGCAAGGGCAUGAUCCAUACUGUUGGAUUUUGUUGCAGAAUCUCAGUUGAUACUAAACUUUAAAUUAAAAGUUUAAUUUAACUUUUAAUUUUUCAUUGCGAUGUAAUAAUGGCAAUCCAGCAGUUUACAUGUGUUUAAACUAAUUCUUGUGAGAGCCAGUAUGGUGUAGUAGUUAAGGCAUCAGGCUAGAAACUGGAAGAUUGUGAGUUCAGUUUUGCCUUCCUUAAUCACAAAGCCAACUGGGUGAACUUGAACUUUUUCUCAGCCCUAGGAAGUAAGCAGUGGCAAGCCACGUUGGAAAAGCUUGCCAAGGAAAUCACAGGGAUUUGUCUAGGCAAUCUCCCAUUAUUGGACACCACUGAAUGGAAGGAGAUCCACCUUCACCCCCGAUUAAUAUAUAUGCAAUUUCUAACUUCUGGUUGCUGCCUAUACAUUUUAGUGCAGAAAUAUAAUCAUUUUCUCCCCUUUGUUUUCCAAGACUUAGUGAUGUAAAAUAUCUGAGGCGCAACAAGUUGGUACAUGUUAAUAUAAUGAAUAUGAAAUCCCAAGCGCGAAUAGAUUGGUUUUCAGAGUUUGUUGCAGC